AAUAAAAUGUGGACAUAGAUUCGUGAUAUUUAGCUGUGUGUUUAUGAUAAAUACCCCUUAUUUGAUUUGACUAUUUUACAUCACUUGCUAACUGAUAAAUGUGUAUUUCGUGUUUCUCUAAACAAGGAAGCUCGGAACUAACGGCGCAGUUUGCAGAAGCGCCACGGACGAUAUUUGCCGCGGCACCGGUAGCUCACAUGGCGCUGCGUGUGUUAGCGCGAGAAACUUAUGCGAUCAAGACAAAAGCCCUGUGACAAAGCUGCGCGAUGCUGUGCAUGGGAUCUGACUGACCUGUCCUUCAUGAUGGAAGCCGUGUUUCAAGCCCCUAAACGGCGGGCGAAGGUUUAUGAGUCGUUUGAAGCUCCUCUCCCCAUCUCACUGGGCGCAGAGGACGAAGAGCCCAUCAUCUACAGAGCAGAGAUCAUCAGUCAUCAUGUCCUAGUCACAGAUCCUGCUCACAUACUGCCUCUGUAUGAGCGGGGUUACUUCGGUAAAGGAGUGUUCUCUAGAUCCAGACCUGAGCACGAGAUCUCUCAGCAGUGGACAUACGUUGGAGACCGAUGUCUACCUGUGAUCUCCUCGUCAGAGUAAGAAGGUCUUGGACCGCUUUGCUUUUACUCUCG